AUGCCUUAUCAGAAUGCAGAUUUGUUAAAUGAGUAUGUGGAUAUGCUUGACCCUAAUGACCAAAGCAAAAAUGAGCGCACCGAUUCUAAGCAAGACAACGCUCAACUGCUUCCUGUUUCUAGAUAUUCAGAAGCUCGUGAGCAAAAUUGAAGCAUCCAAGAUUUUCUGGAAGAAGACAUUUUGAUUGUGAGGUUCUACAAACUCAUCAGUUUUUACACGUAUAUAUAUAAAGAAAGCUGCGGACAUAAAUUCCUUGUGCACCCCAAAGGUGAUAUAUUCUAUUUUUAUUAAAUUUCUAUAUAAACUUUUUCCCAAAAAUCUUAUCUUUUUAAUAUCAGAACUGCAAUAUUAUUAUCAAAUUCAAUGCGCCUUGGAAUAUCUUCAUGUGUACAAGAGUUCUUAAAAUCCAAUGAAAUAAUUGACUUGAGAAACUUAGUUGUAGACUCAGAGUGAAAAAUAAUAAAUCUAAAUAAAGAUGAUCCUUCAACAGCAGAUUCAACGCAUCAAGUUCAAAAUUUAGAUCGCAUUUUCUGACCGAAAUUGAAAAUCGGCACUCUUUUACAGAAAUUAUUGGACAAAGAGGCAAUAAUUGAUCAUGGUAAAUAUUUUAUAAUUCGAGAUUUCAAGAUGUUCAAGAACGUCACCUUGAUAUCUUACUAG